UAUUCUUACAUUGUAGAGCAAACAUCAAUCGUGGUCUCUGCAACAAUGCUUCAAGGACAUGGCGUUCAACGCUGAACAAAGGCAUUUUGUCUAAGCAUCAUGCUUUAAACAUUUGAACUACUUCAGACGGGGCGGUCGACGUUGUGGCAACCUUCGAAGCAUUCCGUCCCGCAUUCUGCAAAAUGGCUUCUCGGAACUUGAGCCGUAGCAGGAGCAGCCGCAGCGGCGGUGUGCCUGCAAAAGAUGAAGAUGGCAGCUGCGAGGAGUCCAGUCCGGAGCGCUCUCGGCCUUCCGCAACCCGCGUGGAGACCUCUGUGCGGCUGGCCAACCUCCGGGCUAAGGUCCAAGCGCUCAACCGGAGCCGCAAGAACCUGAACACCUUUGACGCCAUCACCGACCUCAUCGCCGAGGCCUCGCUGAACAAGUCCAGCCUGCUGGAGGGGCGGCAGGCGGCCGCCGAGCUGGUGCGGCUGCUGGCGGUGCCGCCGGGGCAACGCCGCGCCACAGCCUACAGGGACCUUGCGGAGGUGGCUCGGCCGCUGGAGCUGCCUUGCGGUGCCGGCGCUGGCAGCGGCGGGGGUGGGGCCAGCAGCGGCGGCGACCGGCGGCAGCUGUACGUGUGGUACCACUGCGUGCAGCGGCUGCGGCUGCUGGAGGUGGAGGAGGGGGCGGACCUGGUGCGGGCGGGGGAGCUGGGGGAGGCCGCCUACUGGCUGCUGGGAGGUACGGCUGAGGAGUUCCAGCCCUCAGCCAACCUGCCGCCCCCGCCGGCGCCAGUAGCAGCAGCAGCUACUGCCGCUGCUACUGCUGGUCGUGUGCCCUCCAGUAAACAGUUGGGCGCACUCACGCCCUCCAAAAAGGUCAUGCUGCUUUUGGGCAACGGCGGCGGCGGCGGCGGCGGCGGUGGCGGCGGUGCAGGGGACGGCGGCGGCGUCAACGGCACAGCCGCGCUGGGGGAGGCAGUGGCGCCGGGUGGGGAGGACGGGGAGGAGGGGGCGGAGGAGGGGGCGGAGCCGCCGCCGCCUCCACCGCCGCCGCCGCGGGAGGUGGGCCGCAGCAUCGCGCUGUUUGAGCGGCUGGGCGGCGAGGCGCUGGCUGCGGCGCGCGCCCCCGCCGGCGUCACGGUGCGCGCCACCAGCCGCUGCCAGCUGGCAGCACUCAGCAGGGCGGACUAUCAGGCGGUUGUGGCGGCGGCGGCGCGUGAGAGCUUUGAGAGCCUGAGGGCCAUGAGCUGCCUACUGGUCAACAAGUCCUCCCGCUCCGCGCCUGUGCUGUCCGACCUGUGCGCGCUGCUGUCUGUGACGGAGCUGUUCCGGGGGGUGGCCGACCCCGGCUUCAGGAGGCAGCUGGCGGGGCUGGCGGAGUUCCUGGCGCUGCCGGAGGGCGCCGUGAUCUUCGAGGCGGGCGACAAGGUGGACUUCUCCUACAUCGUGCUGCGGGGCGAGGUGGCGCUCAGCCGAUACAGCGACGCCCGCAACGCGCCGGAAGACAUUGGCAGCCGCGUGCCCGGACAGCACUUCGGCACGCUGUCCGGCGCGGCGGCGGUCAGCGGCGGCAGCAUGCCGGCAGGCGGCGGCGGCGGCGGCGGCGGCGCGGGGGAGGCGGGCGGCGGCGGCGGGCCCACGGCGGCGGCGGACAAGAAGCGCACCUUCACCGCCCGGUGCACGCAGCCGUGUGAGUUCGCCAUCAUCAACAAGGUCGGCUACAACCGACUCAUCCGCGCGCAGCUGCAGAAGACCAUCGCGGCGCGGGUGGAGGCGCUGGCGGGGCUGGCGGUGGUGCGGGGGGCGGCGUCGGGAGGAGCAGGGGCAGGGGCAGGGGCAGGGGGAACGGGGGCGGCAGCAGGGGGAGCGGCAGCAGGGGCGGCGGCGGCCGCCGCCACGCCCACUGCGCAACUGACGCGCAUCGCCACCAACUGCCAGGACGAGACGUUCAGCCCGGGCAGUGUGGUGGUUGACCCCGACUGCCCGCCCUCCCGCAUCCACUUCAUUGUGGAGGGCAGCGCCAAGCUGCUGUGGGUGCCGCCCCACGGCCCCCACCAGCCGCCGCCGCCCACAGACCGAUUGCUGCUGGAGCAGCCGCCCGGCGGCGGCUGGGGCGUGGGCGCGAGCGGAGGAGGAGGAGGAGGAGGCGGGGGUGCGGGGGGAGGGGGAGGGGGAGGAGGAGGCGGAGGAGGUGGAGGGAAGGCAGCAGGCGGAGGAGGAGCGGCAGGCGGCGCGGGAGGGGGAGGCGGAGGAGGCGGGGAGGAGGGCGGCGGUGAUGGCGGUGGCGAGGUGGACUGGAGUACGGGCAGCGGAACCAGUGUGGUGGCAGCGGCGUCGGUGCCGCGGGGGUUGCGCAAGCGGCAUCAACACAUCUACGAGCUGGCGCUGCUGUCGCGCGGCGACGUGAUCAACGGGCUGGCCAUGUUGGGUCGCGCCACCUGCUUCACAGUGGUGGCGGCCUCGCAGCUCAAGACCAUGUCUCUGGAGGUGGGCCCUGCCAGCCUGGUGCCGCUGGACGCCAUCCUGGGCCGCGAGCAGGCGGCGGCACUGCGCGACCUGGCGGGCCGCACAGCCGAGGUGCACCGCCAGCGCGCGGCGCACAUGGUGGCGGUGCGGCAGACCUCCCAGCUCAUCAUGGAGGGGCGCAGUGCCGCCAACCUGGAGCUGUCGGGCGCCGCUCUGCCGCCCAGCUUCAUGCAGCACUACGUGCCCAACACACCCGGGGGCGAGGCGGGCGCGGGGCCGCUGAACGGGCCCCACACGCUGCUAGGCUUCCGCGCCGCCGUGGCCGCCGACCCGCAGCUGCUCCAGCCCACCGGCGCCCGCUGGCAGCACGGCGACGUGAUGCGGCUGGUGGCGGCGGCGGGACAGGUAGUGUUGGACAGCGUCACGGCCGCGGGCAACCCCGUGGGAGGAGGCAGCGGCGGCAGCGGCGGGGGAGGAGCUGGCGGCGGUGGCGGAGGGUUCACGGGCCUUGCGGCGGCAGGGGCGCCUCCGGUGGGGUCGCUAGGAGGUGGCGGAGGUGGGCUGCUGGCGGCGUCGCCGUCCACCGUGGCUCUGCAUCGCAGCAGUGUGGGCGGCGGCUAUGUGGGCCCCGGCGGGGGCGGCGGCGGCCGCCGCAGCGUCAGCCCCGGGCCCGCGGGCCACAGCGCCAGCCCCGGUGCUGCCGCCACAGGUGCGGCCGACUCCGCCUCCGGUCAGCAGCAGCAGCAGCAGCAGCAGCAGCAGCAGCAGCAGCAGCAGCAGCAGCAGCAGCAGCAGCAGCAGCAGCAGUCGGGUAUGGGGCCGGGCGGGGCGGGCGGUCCCGGCGAGGCGCACGUGACCACAGUGGUGGCGGCGCCUGUGGCCCUGCCGCGCACCCGCAUGCGCGCCCCCAGCCCCGGCAUGGCUCGGGAGCUGGGGCUGGAGGCGCCGCCGUCCGCCGCGCAGCUGUCCUCCGGCGACCUGGCCUCCAGCCUGGCAGUUCUGUCCGACCCCUCCGCCGCCAAGACCCGCAACGGCCGCCCGCGCCCGCCGCAGCGCACCACGCUGGGGCUGCCCUUCGCCGGCAACGUGGCCAUGCUGGUGCUGGAGAACCACAGCGACCUUGUCAAGGUCGUGGCCCACCAGCCCAGUGGCCUGGAGGCCGUCGCCAGCCUGCGCAACGCCGUGGCGCCCUCCCACCAGCAGGACAACGACCACGACGACGACGGGGAGGAUGGGGAGGAUCAGGCGUAUGACGAGGAGGAAGACCUGCCGCACGGCACUGCUACUGCUGCUGCUACAGCCAUGGGUGGCGGCGGCGGCGGCGGGCGCGGCAGUAGCAGCUACGGGGUCACCACAGUGAUGGCUGACGGCUCGAUCCUGCGGGACCAGCCCAGCGGCGCCGCCUCAUCCGGGGUAGCGGCUGUAGCAGCGGCGGAGGUGUCGGUCGGCAGUAGCGGCGCCGGCCCGGACGGCGUGGCGGCGGCGGCGGAUGACGAGGUGUCACGAAUCAUGACACCGGGCAGCAACAGCAAGUCCUCCGCCGCCACCGCGGCGGCGCUGCUGCCGCCGACCCUGUCGUCCGGCUCACCUGCGCCGUCAUCAUCAGCGGCACUGCUACUGCCGGCGUCGGCGGCGGCGCACGUGACCGCCUCCGCCGGGUCGCUGGCGGGCGUGGCCAGCGGCCUGGCGACAUCGGUCGUAGAGCCGCUCACACUCAGAGCCGCCAACUCCCGCUCCAACACCCCCGUGCCCGGGGCGGCGGCGGGGCACGUGAUGACGGCCAGCGGCAUGCUGGCGGCGGAGGCGGCGGCGGCGCGGCGGGCGCCGUCGCCUCUAAGCGGCGGUGGCGGCGGCGGCGGCGGCGUGCCUGCGACCACGCCGGCGCACCACACCGGGCCGCCGCUGGUGGCGGGGCAGACGCACGUGCCGCAGGCGCACCCAUUCCUGAAGCAGCCGGCGGCGGCGCAGGCCGCCGGUGGCGCGCCCGGCGGCGGCACCGCCGGCGCCAUGCCGUCGCCGCUGCUGGUUGCGUCGGCGGUGGUUGCGCCGUCCGCAUCCGCUGCAACCGCCAAGCUCGCCGCCAACCGCCUAACCACCAUCAUGUCGCCGGGGACGCUCAGCAGCGGCGCCCCGGCGGGACCGUUCGAUCCAGACGCAGUGGCGGCGGCCGCGGAGGCAGCGGAAGCCGCCGCCGCCGCUGCGGCCGCGGCCGGCGGCGCCGCCACCGCCGCCUCCUGCCUGCACCAGCACGCCGCCGCCGCCAGCAUGCCAACGACCACAACCGUAACCGCCGUGCCGUACCCGAAACCGCCGGGCACUGCCAACAGCUCUGCGCCGCCGUCUCUGUCAAACACGGGUAUGCUGCCGCCCGCCUCGCGAUCCUGCACGCCCUCACCCGUACCGCCCGCCGGUACGGCACCGUUGGAAUCCAUGCCCGGCGGUACGGCGCCACCGGACAGCGUCGUCAUCAUGCCACGCAUGUUGUCAGUGUACGACGGAGCGCUCUUUGACGGUGGCGGCGCCGGCGGUGGCUCGCCGCACUCGCCGCGGCGGCUCGCGGCGCUGGGGCCGGUGGCGGCCUCGGCGGCGGCGGCGGCCGCAGCGGCGGCGGCGGCUGGUACGCGUGUGCCUUCGCCUCCACACGGUGGCCACCACAGCGGCCACCUGCCGCCGAUGCCUGGUUACUCCGCCCCCCACGGCGCCCCUCGCGCCGCCUCCGCCUCGCCGCCGCCGCACGGGUCACCGGGCCGCGCCGACCGCGUGUCACCCUCCCACCACCGCCACCACGUCCCCGCCAGCCGGAUCCGAGCCUCCUGGGAAUCAGGGCCGCAGCACCGCUUCGGCAUGAGCCGCGACCUGCUGGGCUACAGCUCCUCAGCAACUGUCGAAACCGGAUCCGGACCCAACGGAUCUGGGUAUAGCACCAUGCCGACCAGAUCUGGAUCCAGAUCCGUGGAGGGCCUCAUCUUCACCGGUGGCAUCGGCGGCAAGUACGGCAUCGGCCGGAACGCGGCGAAGGCGGGCGCGGGCGGUGGCGGCACGCUACGGGGCAAGGUGUCGGUGGGCGUGUCGCUUCGGGACCUGGCGGGUGUGAACGAGCUGCCCGGUGAGGUGACGGGCGGGCGGCUGUUUGGCCGCGGCCACCGCAGCGGGCCGCUGCACGGCGCCGGCGGCGAGCGGCACCUGGACGGCCCGCCGCUGCCGCUGGAGGUGGACGCGGCGGCUCCGCCCAUGGCCCACCACAAGCUGAGCGAGCCGUCCCUGGGCGACCUGCAGUACAUCCUGGGCCGCUGGACCGAGAAGUGGGCUCAGGAGCGUACGGAGCUCAAUGUGGUCUCCCGGCUGGGCCCACGCCCCGGCCGCCAACAACAGCACCCGCACCCGCACCCGCACCAACAGCAGCACCCGCCGCCGCACUCGGCACCCGCGGCGCCGGCGCAGCAGUACGGCAUGGGGCCGCUCAGCGGCGCCGCCGCCGCGCCCGGCAGUGCUCAUCUCGAGGAGGCUGGGGAUGAAUCGCUGCUGGCUGCUGGCGUGGUGCCGCUUUCGGCGUUUGGGUACAGCGUGGAUGACUUGGUGUCGUCCUCCGGUCAGGCGAAUGGGGGCCAGCAGCACCCGCACCCGCACCCGCAGCACGGGCGGCACUCAGUGCCGUACUUGCCACCCUUGGGCGGCGCAGCAGCAGCAGCGGCAGCAGCAGCGGCAGGUGGCGGUGGCGGUGGCGGCUACGGCGUGGUUGAGGAGGGGGCGGAGGAGGGUUACGACGAGGAGGAGGCGGUGGGGGUGGGGGAGUUCCGGCGGCCGUUGACGGACCUGGGUUUGUUCGGGGCGCCCUUCCUCGGCGGCACACCGCGAGGGCCCAACGGCGCGCCGCUGCCUGGUGGCGGUGUUGGCGGCGGCGGCGGCGGCGCGCACGGGUCCUAUGCCGCGGUGAUGGCGCAGCAGCCGUACAUCUACCAGGCGGCACCGGUGGCGGCUGCUGUAACGCAGCACCACCAGUAGCUAGUACGUAAAUGUGGUGGGUGUGGCGGGGCGGGGCGUGCGCCGCGGGCGAGCUGGAUGUGCGAGCGGGGCUGUGCGCGUGUGCGUAUUUAUGCGCCUGCUGUGUGUCUGUGUGAUGCGUUCAUGGUGAUAAUGUGCGUGGCGAUGCUCAGGAUGUACGCAAGCAUGCGCGCCAAGGUCGUGUCGCUAGGCAUGUGCGCGAGCGAUGUCUCUAUGAGGGCGGGGAUGUAUGUGUGGCGACCUGGCUCAGCGGACGGACCGAGCAACUCGUCGCGUCAGACGUGUGGGAGCGAGCAGGCGCGGAAUGAAGGGGCAGCCAGCGAGCAGUGCCGCGACUCCCCAUCUUCCGCUGCUGGAGUGUGCGUGCACGGGCGUCUGACAUGGCGGGCUAGCUGCUGGACUGCAGGACUACCGGAUAGGUCUUGCAGGUGUGAAAUGUCAAGCGUUUACAUGUAGCUUUGUGCAAAGCCUUGGAGCUGUUGAAGGGGUCGCGCGCGCGUGGCCCAUUUAGGCCGACCUGCCAGGCCCAGGCCAGCGCCGGAUGGUCGGUUGGACCGCGCUGUGGACAAUUUUUGUGGGCAAAAGCCCGACACAUAUGCGAAAGCCAAAGACCAUACG